GAAUUCUCAAUAAAAAAUGGAGAAAGUAGUAAUAAAUUUCAAGUAACAUGUAAUAUCGAGAGACCAUUGGCCCAUUUGAGCAGCCAACCAAGAGAAAAGUAAACCGAGAGAGAAGAGCGACUGACACACACAUCAUGAACCAAACCGAAAGCUCUGCCAACGAUAAUAAUCCCAAACCGUCCAUAACCGGAGAAAAAUCCGCCGUACCGGAAUGGAUAACCGAGACUAUCAAAGGUGGAUCGCUCCGCCACGUCGAUCUCCAUACAGGAAUCAACGGCUGGGCUUCACCUCCAGGCGACGUCUUCUCUCUCCGCUCCGCCAACUACUUCACCAACAAAAAGAAAUCUCCCGGCGGAGACUACCUCCUCUCUCCCGCCGGCGUUGACUGGCUCAAAUCCCCCACGAAACUCGACAACCUCCUCGCUCGUCCCGACAACCGCGUAGCUCACUCCCUCAGACAAGCCCAAGCUCGCGGCGAAUCCCGAAACAGCUUCAUCUUCGCCGUGAACUUCCAAGUUUCAGGCAAAGAACACUACAACUUGGUGUUCUACUUCGCAACAGAAGAACCAAUCCCCUCAGACUCCGUCCUGAAACGGUUCAUCGACGGAGACGAAUCGUACCGUAACCAGAGACUCAAGCUAGUGAGCCAAAUCGUGAAAGGGCCAUGGAUAGUUAAAGCGGCGGCAGGGCAGUUCGGGGCGUUCCUUGUCGGAAAGACAGUUUCGUGUACUUACCAUAGAGGACCAAACUACUUCGAGAUCGAUGUCGAUACAGGUAGCUGGGCGAUCUUGUCGGCGUUUGUCCGGCUGCUUUUGGGGUACGCCAGGAGCUUUACGGUCGACGUUGGCUUGGUUAUCGAGGCGCAAACGGAGGAUGAGCUGCCGGAGAGACUGAUCGGAGCUGUUAGAAUGUGUCAUGUGGAGCUGGCGUCGGCAUUUGUGGUCCAGCCGCUGGCAUCGGAGCCGUGCUUAAUGAUGGGUUCGGCGGAGUAGGUACCAGAUCCGAUCGGGACAAAGCUGAAAAAUAUUUCAUCAGUCUCGAGAUUGUUUAAUGGCUUCAUCUCCUCUGUUUCUCAAAAAUAAUUUUUAAUUUUUUUCACAUAUAUCAAAGUAAUAAUUAAUGUUCAACUAUAGAUGCAUAAAUAUUUAAGUCUCAACAAUUUUUUAUAACUUUCAA